AUCAGGUUUACCUUCCAGCCAUUCCUAGCCAUGGCUACCAACCUACCCAAAGCGAUGCGAGGCCAAUUCCUCGAGGCUUUCAAGAAACCAUACGCACUCCGAUCAGUCCCACUACCAAAGCCAUCUGCUCCUCAUGAUGUUCUGAUCAAAGUCGACGCUGCGUCAUAUUGCCACACAGAUUUUGUCCUUGCCGAGGGGCAGAUGCCCGGUUUCCCGAAAUCAUUUCCACUCGUUGGCUGCCACGAGUUCGCAGGCACAGUAGUAUCUCACUUUGAGUCACCAAGCUCGAACGCAACUGCUUUCAAAGUUGGAGAGAAGGUCGGAGUGCCAGGCCGUGCAUUCGGUGCUUGUGGGACCUGUUUCGAAUGUCAAGGCUCCAGGGAUCCCGUCAGCCAGGACGAGAAGGGGUACUCGGUAUAUUGCGCGCACGCUGAGAAUAAUGGCUUAAGUAGGGAUGGAGGAUUUGCUGAGUACGCGGUGGUAGACGCAAGACAACUGGCCCUGAUACCCGCUUCUAUGACACCAGUCGAGACGGCACCGCUUAUGUGUGCCGGCAUCACCAUAUUUGCAGCUUUGAAGCGAUGCCAACUAUCACCAGGCGAGCGAGUUGGAAUUAUGGGAUGCGGAGGUGGCCUGGGGCACUUGGGGUUGCAGUAUGCCGUAAAGAUGGGGCUAAGAGUCAUUGGAGUGGAUGCUGCGGAUGGACCGCUAAAUCUUGCGGUUGGCCUGAACACUGGAGCACAGAUCGUGGACGCAAGAAAGCAGAAGGCAGAGGAGAUUGUCAAGCAAGUAGGAUCUGAAGAGGGGAAGAUAGACCUCGGCGAAAUGGGUCUAGACGCUGUCAUCAUCUUACCCGAAAGUCAGCCGGCAUUCGACUAUGCUAUGACUCUAUUGAAAACCCACGCUUAG